CGCUAGCUUCGCUAGCUAGCUUGUAAACCCUCUGUAUCCGUGUUUGUUUUGGUCAUGAUCAGGUGUGACGCAAGUUGUAAGUUCAGUCCAAGUACCGAAGCCUAGUCAGCUAUAAUUUGAACAUGUUGACCAUAUAAGCCUAAGUAACUCGGGGUCAUGUGGUACCUCUGCAGAUGCUGAAUGAAAAAGUGGGGGGGAAAGAGCGCAGUGAAGCAUGAAUCUGCUAUGAACGACUCCAGAGAUCAUUUGGGGAUUCGGUCGGCGCUAGUGGAAGAACUUUGGAAGAACUGGAAAGGUUCGUUCGAUUACUCUUGGCUUCCUCGUUGUGGACGAUAUGGCCAGUUUACUGCAAAGUGACUUGUCUUAUGCGUGGGAAAAGUACAUGGACUGUAGGCUUCAAGGAGCUGAUCUGCAGGUCAGCCUCCAGAGCUUAGAGAAUUUCCUCUGUCUCUUCCACUAUGUGCAGCAUCACCCUCAUCACACCAAAGAUGCCCUGAAAUUCUGCUCAGACAUGAGUGGGGCCAGUAAUACGCUGGCAAGGGAGUUCCUGACUGAUGUCCACCAACUAUGCAGUGCGGUGGCUCAGAGAGCGGAGGCACGGGAGGAAGAUGAAGAGGAAAGUCAUAUGGUUGCACUGGGAGAGUACCUCGUCAGAGGAAGAGGAUUUCUGUUGCUUAGCACCCUGGAUUCCAUCAUUGACCAGGAGCUGACUUGCCGAGAGGAGCUGCUCACUUUGUUGCUGUCUCUACUCCCACUGGUGUGGAAGAUCCCCGUACAGGAAGAAAAAGCACCAGAUUUCACCCUGCCGUCUCUAUUAGAGGUGUUCCUCAGCCGGGAGGUAAAGGCCGCACCUCUUAGAGCUGGACAGAAGACUGGGACAGAUGAACAGGAAUCUGGAAAGAGGCCACGUGUUGGCAGUGGCUCCUGGAAAUCAAGGAGGUCACGUAGGACAGCUCAGAAAUACUCUGUAAAGGAUGCUCGGCGCUCCCAAGUUUCUACCUCAGAUUCAGAGGCCAAUGCUGAAGACAAAGCAGGGCCAAGUGGCACAAGGAGCAGAAGAUCACAUGGCUCUACCCUGCGUGUACAUCAUCUACAUUAUCGUUUGGAAGCCACUCAGCUAACAGACACAGCAGCCACCAACAUAGAAACCAUGAGUGCACCAUACCCCCAUCCCAGGGUCUCUGGCUCUCACAUGAUGGACGCCGAAACCUUGACAGACCCCGCUGCAAUGUCAAUAUUCAAUCGUAUGGAGAACUCACCCUUUGAUCUCUGCUAUGUGUUACUUUCAUUACUGGAGAAAGUUUGUAAAUUUGAUAUGAGCAUCAAUCACAGUCCUGGCUUAGCAGUAGGUGUUGUACCGACUCUCACUGAGAUCCUUACUGAGUUUGGAGAUUGUUGUGGUCCAGGAGGCAGUGGUGGAACAGGAGCAGAGGAGCUUGCUGGGGGCUGGACAGAAGAACCAAUUGCACUGGUCCAGAGGAUGCUUUUGCGCACCAUCUUGCACCUAAUGUCAGUAGAUGUCAGUCAGAGUGAAACCCUUCCAGAUAGCCUGAGACGCAGCCUGACCGAUCUGCUACGGGCCACUCUAAAAAUCCAAAGCUGCCUAGACAGGCAGACAAACCCAUUUGCUCCUCGACCAAAAAAGACCCUACAAGAAGUCCAAGAAGAUUUCUCUUUUUCACGCUUUCGUCACAGGGCACUAUUAUUACCUGAGCUUCUCGAAGGGGUAUUGCAAGUGCUUCUGGGUUGCCUGCAGUCCUCGAUACCAAACCCUUUCUUCUUUAGCCAAGCACUGGACCUCAUCCAUGAAUUUGUCCAACACCGUGGCCUCGAGCUUUUUGAGGCUACAGUACUGCGUCUGGAGGAACUUGGUAGAGCAAGGGAUUCAGAAGUAGGUGGAGAGGCUUCAGAAAGGUUGCGAGGUUUAAUUGCCGGGGUUUUCAAGAUUGUAAGUGCUGUCAAGAAAGCAAAAUCAGAGCAGUUGCAUCAGUCUGUUUGCGCUCGACGUCGUCAUCGUCGUUGUGAAUAUUCUCACUUCCUUCAUCACCACAGAGAUCUGUCAGGUUUGCCUGUCUCAGCUUUUAAGAUGGCUGCCAGGCGUAACCCCUUUGAAGAAGAUGGCGAAGGAAAGGAAGGAUUGGAAGGGGAUGCGGUACGAUACCCUGAGCGUUGCUGCUGCCUAGCUGCCUGUGCUCACCAAUGUCUGCGGCUCCUGCAGCGCUUGUCGCCCAGUGGUCCAGCUGUAUUGCAGGUCCUUGCUGGGGUACAGACUGUUGGAAUCUGCUGUUGCAUGGACCCUCAUUCCGUAAUAAGGCCACUGUUGGAUGCCUUCCGAGCUCCAGGUUUACGUAGUUACCAGUCCCAUGUUCUUAGUGUCCUCAGCAGACUAAUACUGGACCAGCUUGGUGGAGGACAACCAUCAGAAAAGGCGAAGCUCGCUUCCUGUAACAUUUGCACUUUGGACCAAAGUCAGUUGCCAGGCCUUGAGGAGACACUACAACAUGGGGAACCUUCUGCUAUUUCUACCAGCCUGUGCUACCGCUCCCAGGGAAUUCUUCCAAGUGGAGGGGGUGCAGAGGACAUGUUAUGGAAGUGGGAUGCUCUUGAGGCUUACCAAGAACUAGUGUUUGGAGACAACUGGCACCUAAGUCAGCAAGUAGCUGGUCACGUGUGCUACUUGACACUGCGUGGCAAUGCUGUAGUGCAGUGGCAGCUCUACACUCACAUCUUCAACCCAGUGCUCCAGCGAGGUGUUGAGCUAGUCCACCAUGCUCAACAGCUAGGGGUUUCUACAGUUUGCACUCAAGUCUGCAGCUACCACACACAGUGCCUGCCUGUGGAGGUACUACUCAUAUAUCUCCAAGCAUUACCUGCACUUCUCAAAUCAAGGGUUAUCCGGGAUCUUUUCAUCAGCUGCAAUGGACUCAACCAGAUGACAGAACUAGUGUACCUUGACCCGACGUGCUCUUUAGCUUUAAAGGUAUUUGAGACCCUUAUAACCAGCUUCGGGCACCAGCAGGCGGCCUGUACCAUCCAGGAGCUGGAGAUUGCUGUUGCUGAAGGGAAGCAGGCAGUCUCAUCCUUGGCCGAGGAUCUGGGUUCUAGGGGAUCUGGAGAGGGUCCACAGAGCCUCAGCAAGUUCUAUGAAGGGCUUAAGGAAGCAUAUCCACGCUACAAGAAUCGUAGUGUGCAGGGCCGUGGAGCAGGACGUAGCCAAGCAGAGACACACCUACAUGUCAUUAACCUCUUCCUUUGUGUCGCGUUUCUUUGCGUUAGCAAAGAGGCUGACUCUGACCGGGACUCAGCUAAUGAUUCUGAAGACACGUCAGGCUACGACAGUACAGCUAGUGAGCCACUUGGUGGACGCUUGGCAUACCUCUCUCCAGACAGCGUGACUCUGCCAUCCAAAGAACAGAUACGACGGGCAGCUGACAUUUGGUCCGUGUGUCGGUGCGUCUACUUGGCCAACCCUUUGUUUCAGAGGCAGUUCUUCCGACUGGGAGGGUUGGAUGUUUGUUUGCGCCUAAUGAGUAUGGUCAUUCAGAAGCUUUCCUGUAAAACAAAAGAUAGCAAAUCAAAGAAGAAGAAAGAACUCCAGGCUAAAAGUAGCCCGGAGUCUUCAGUCCCUGUCACCCCACUGGGAGUGAAUGAGCCAGAUCCAGAUUCAAUUAACAGGUCUCCGGCAGAGGGAAUAACAAGAGAUACAACCAAGAGGAUGGAGGAAGAGUGGCAGUUACAAAGUAUUCGCCUUCUUGAGGCCUUAUUGGCUAUUUGUCUACACAGUGCCAACUCAGCACUGCAGAGGACUGACUCAGAGCUUUCAUACCAGCUCCAGUCAGUGGGAGAUACCCUGUUAGAAGUGAGAGACCAGCUCUCUUGCUCAGGGGUGGUAAGCUCUGACCUCGCUGUGCCACUUUUUGACUCUCUGUUGAGAGUAGCUUUGGCCGACGUGUCAUCGUCUCCAGAGCCCCCCGAGGAGAAGCCUGAGAGGGUGAGUCCUGCCUUUGGAGAUACUCUCCAAGUUUUGGCGGAGGGGGCGGCCCCAGCAGGCGAUCUAUCAGAGGAGGUGGACGGUGUUCAGAGUUGUAGCGUUAAGCCUCCUGGGGAGGAGGAGGAGGCGGAGGAGGGCUACGACGCCGACAGCGAAAGCAACCCUGAGGACAUGGCCAACCAGGAAGAGGGAUUGAAGGUGGAGUCUGUGCAGCGUGAGUUUGCGACAGUGGCAGACAGUCCCGGGCGUGGCGUGUUGCUUUUCCCAGAGAUCUGUACAAUUGAGUUGCAACUACUGGCCACUGGCUCCCCAGACCUGGAGGUAGUGAGUCAUGUGUUUCACAGCCUGCUUGGUGCGGUUCGUGCCAACCACCGCAAUGCCGCUCUGCUCUACGAACAGGGAGGAGUUAAAACCAUCCUGUCUGGAUUCCGUAACAUUCUUAGCCAAGAGGACCGUUCUCUUAAAGACUGCCAGACUGUUAUAGUGGAGCUGCUGGUUGCCAUGGUGAGCCAGCGAAUCACAGCAGAGGAACUGGCCCUAUUGAUUCGUCUCUUCCUGGACAAGAACCCACCUACUGAGAUUUUACUGAAAGGCAUCCUACAAAUUGUUGAAGCCAAUGUAAACAUAGAACCUCUUCACCUGCUGGACUUUCCAAUAAUCCUCGGGGCCUCGACACCGGGAGGAGUGUCCCCUAGUUCCAGACCAAAUGGCACUGCUGGAGGAAAAAGUGUUGGACUGCUGUGGAAGGGCAAGCUGUCACCUGGUCGCAGGGAGGGAGACAGCGAGCUCAGACCAAGUCACCUGCGUUCCUCUCCGUGGCAUACUGCUCCUCUCCACCUGCCCCUGGUGGGGCAAAACUGCUGGCCUCACAUGGCUAGUGGCUUCAGCGCAUCCUUGUGGCUGAGGGUGUUGGAGCAAGAGGAAAGACUGCGGAACACCGACAAGGGUGAGAAAAAACAUAAUUUAGCACUGACACCCAUCCUUCACAUUUCAGUGGUUUUCUAUUCUUUUUCAGAAAGGAGAAACCCGCCUGCUACUGAAAGUCACCAUAACUCGCCUCAGGCUAGAAAAAGAGUUGUGGAGGAAGGCCUCAUUCAUAUUCUCUCCAUGGGCUCAAAAGCACUGAUGCUUCAAGUGUGGGCGGAUUUCUCAUCUGGCUCGCUCAUAUUCAGGGUUUGUAUAGACCCAAAUGACGAGAUAAAAGCAGGGCUAUUGGCGCAAGCGGAAUCUGUUGAAGGACUUCUCCUGCCUGGCCACUGGCAGCACAUUGGCCUCACUUACACCCAGCAGCCUGAGGGCAAGAAGAACAUCCAUGGUCGUGUGGUUGUCUGGGUUUGUGGGAUCAUGAAAUGUGAAGUUUUCUUAGACUACACCUUACCUCGAAAGUCCAGUUUAUCCUCUGACAGCAACAAGACUUUCUGUAUGUUGGGCCAUUGUAUCCCCUCCUCUGAGGAGGUGACAAAACAACAUUUAAAUUGGAGCAUGGGGACAGUGCUUCUCUUCAAUGGUGCCAGAGUAGGGUCCGAAGAGGCCUUUUUCCUGUACAGCAGCGGGCCUGAUCUCACUUCAAUCAUGCCCUGCAAUUAUGGCAGACCUAAAGGGUCAUUCUCCAAGUUUGUCACUCAGGAAGGACUCAAGUGUGACAGAGUGCGGGAGCUUCUGAUGAAGAGCAAGGGUGUGGACACAACAGCUUUGGUUGAGAGCCUGGCAGUUGUAUAUGCUCCCAGCAGUCCUAGGGUCUACACUAUCUAUGAGCCUGUAAUAAGACUAAAGGGACAAGCCAAGACAGUGGUUACACAGCGGCCCUUCAGCUCCAGAGAAGUGCAAAGUGUUUCCUUAGAACCAAGCGCUCUCAAGGCUUUGCUGCCCACUGAAACCCAAGGCCUGCAAAGUGUCCUGCACAAGAUCGGUGGGACGGGAAAUGUGGUUUUCCUCUUUGCACAGACAGUGGAGCUGAGUGACUGUGAGAUGACCCAGGCUCUGGCCUUGCAGAUACUUCUGUCUCUGUCCAAAUUCAACCAGCAUCGCAUUCACGAAAUGGACUGCUACCAUGGCUACUCUAUGAUACACCAAGUGCUCAUUAAGUCCAAAUGCAUUGUUGGAUAUCAUAUGUUGAAAACUCUGCUGGAUGGAUGUUUUAGUGGACCUGUCUUAACCCUGGCGGAUGAUGGUCAGUUCCGUUUGGAGACAGAGUCAAUUGCUGUGGUCCAGGACAUCAGGCUACUCUCAGAUAUCCUGUUGGACUGGAAAAUCUGGGCCAAAGCAGAGUGUGGUGUGUGGGAGACACUCCUGGCUGCUUUGGAGAUCCUGAUCAGGGUGCACCACCCUUAUCAGGUUUUCAAUAUCCGUCAGUUCCUCAAGGCUGAAGUGGUGCACCGCUUCUUGCUUACCUGUCAAGUGUUACAGGAGCAUCGGGACGAGCACCUGACUGCCAUCCCACAAGAAGUCUGUUUAUCAUUUGUCAAAAUAAUCCAGGAAGUUCUAGGAUCCCCGCCAGACAUGGACUUGCUCAAACUUAUCUAUAACUUCUUAUUGGCAGUUCACCCCCCUACCAACACCUACGUAUGCCAUACUCCAUCAAGCUUUUACUUCUCUCUGCACAUAGAUGGGAAACUGUAUCACGACAAGGUGCAGUCUAUUAUGUACUUGCGACACUCCAACAGUGGAGGGAAGUCCGCCAGCAGUUCAGUGGUGUCUCUUUCCCCGACAGUCUUUACUGACGCUCCCCACGAAGGUACGCCUUACUGUCAUCUUCCUGGUCCCUCGCCUGAGCUUUGCGGUGAGGAGAAGUCCUUACGGCCGCCCAACCUGGCCCCAUCGCCAUACUCGUCCCCUUUGCUGACACCCCGUCUCAGUCACAGUGGCAUGACUGAGACUAAUGAAAUUGACCGGAUGUCGCUCACUGCCCAGCAGGCUCUGGGCAGUACUGAAACACUCAAAAAGGCAGGAGGUGACGAGCAGCUUUUGAGCAGUUGCGAAUCAGCGAAGACGAUAUGUGACUCGAAGGAUAUCGGCAAGGAAGGAGCUCCACGUACCCCGUCCAUCAGCGUGGAGGAGGAGCGGGAUGAAGCCACAGAGGUGGACAGCCUGGCCGAAGGCAGUGUUGGUGUGGCAGAGUCUGAGGACAGGUUUGACUGGACCAGUGAUGAAGCGCCUCGACGCCCUGACAGUUUAAAGGGAAUCCAGUCCUUCCAGAGAAGUCACAGCAACCUUGCUAGUUUGGGAUUAGCUUUUCCAGCUCCAAAUGGCUCACUGGCAAUCAGCCGCUGGCCCAGUGCAGCUGAUCGAAGCUCCGUACCUGAUGAUUGGGAAAGUUACACCUACUCUCCUGGUUACGAAAGAGCACACAGCAAAACUGAUUCUAAUGACAGAUCCAGUUCAGAGGACUGUCUUGUUCUGAUCUGCUGUGGCCUUUAUGACCUUCUGAGAGGUGUUCUGCUACUGCUGCCGGACCUUAUGCUUGAGGAAGUGAUGGACAAACUGAUCCAACCUGAGGCUUUAGUUGUCCUCGUCAAUCAUUCAUCACCUCUCAUCCAGCAAGGGGUCAUGAAGCUGCUGGAUGCAUACUUUGGCAGAGCCAACAAGGAGCAGAAAGAGAAAUUCCUGAAGAAUCACGGUUUCUCAUUGCUGGCCAACCAGCUGUACAUCCACCAGGGCAGCCAGGGCUUAAUCGAGUGCUUCCUUGAGAUGCUGUUUGGACGCCCAGUGGGCCUGGAGGAGGAUCUGGAUCUUGAAGAAAUGGAAACAAUUUCACCUUUCACAAAGCGUUGCAUCAUCCCAGUGUUGGGUCUUAUUGAGAACUCCCUAUGUGAGAACUCCUUGGUACACAACAUCCUCUGCAUGCUACUGCAGCUCCUCAAUGCCUGCCCAAAGCUGGCAGACAUCCUGCUCGAUCACGGACUGCUUUACGUGCUCUUCAACACACUCUCCACUCUCAAUGGCAUGGAGACCGGCAUUCCCCUGAAUGAUUACAAGCUCCUCGUGUGUGACAUCCAGCAGCUGUUAGUCGCUGUUACUAUCCACUCCUGCAGCUCUUCAGGGUCCCAAUACUUCCGCAUCAUUGAAGACCUCAUUACAUUGCUCGGUUACAUGCAAACCAGCAAAAUGCGGCGUACGCAGGAGAUGGCAGUCGCUCUGCAGUUUCGGGUACUUCAGUCGGCUAUUGAGUUCAUAAAGACAACGGCCAAUCAGGCGCCUCAAAAGCUGAGCAGCUCCCAUAAUACACCAAACUCUUCGCAUCACACUCUUUAUCAGAAACGAAAGAGCAUUGCAGGUUCCAUUGCCUUGAAAGACUCCAUUAUCCCCCGCAUCCCCAGGCAGCACUACUGCUCCUACGGCCAGAUCCCCUUGCCCUCUCCUUUCAGCUUCCUGUCCCAGGACUCCCCUCUCCCAUCCCCUACUGGGUCUCCAUCCUACAUGCUCCAUUGUGACGCAGGACGACGACGCUUCUCUCUGGCCCAAACGGACUCGCUACUGAUGAGGAUGCGUUCCGUCGCUAGUGAUGAGCUCAACCAGAUGAUGCAGAGGAGGAUGAGCCAGGAAAACCCCAUUCGGGCUAGUGAGACGGAGUUUGUGCAACGGCUGCAGAGGCUUGUGGUCCUUGCUGUCAACAGACUCAUUUACCAUGAUGUCAGUCAGGAUUUAUUUGACCUGCUGAACAUCCCAGACUCCCCAGACCAACAGCUUUUCACGCCAGAAUUGGGAUACAAUUCACACGAAGAGGGUAGCACUGCCUCUGCCCCACACUCACCUACUCCCUUUACAUUGCCACCUGCCAGCAAAAAGAGUUUGCAACAAGACAUUCUAAAACUCAUGAUGGAUGGCAUCAAAAUCAGCCUGGGCAGUACUGGUCGAGGAGGAGCUCCACAUCAGCAAUGGCGAAGGAUCCUGUGGUCGUGCAGGGACACGUUCCGGGUCCAAAUUGGUCGCAUCUUAGUGCACACGCUCAGUCCUGCUCGUCCCCUUUCUGACAGAAAGGAAGCACUCGAAUUUGUUUUUGAUCCUAGGCAUUUGGAUAUCUUAAAGGAGAGCCUCAGUCCCGGUCUAGAGCACGGGCCCAAGCUGUCACUUUACCUAUACGAAAUGCUGCACGACCACAAAGACGGCCUGACCAAAGACGAGCAGAAUGCUGUGGGUGUUUUCAUGACCUCGCUCAAGCUUUGUGGUCACCGCUGCAUCCCACCUAAUACGCCACACAAGCAGGAUCUGCUCAAGGCAGUGAAAGAGGAAAAAUCAAAGUACGAAGCAGAGGAGAAUUCAAGCAAGGCAGCGUGGGAAAAGAAAAUGACCAAUACUCAAAAGAACUUGAUCCAAAGAUUAGACGGAAAGUCCAAAGACAUUUCGAAAAUCGCUGCAGACAUUACGCAGAAUGUGUCUCUCCGGCAAGGCAUGGAGAGAAAAAAAGUCAUCCAGCACAUCAGAGGUCUCUACAAGACGGACCUGAGCGCCAGUCGGCACUGGCAGGAGCUAGUGCAGCAACUCACACAUGACCGUGCGGUUUGGUACGACCAAACAUCCUACCCUACAUCCUGGCAGUUGGACCCAACGGAAGGGCCAAACCGUGAGCGGCGGCGACUACAAAGAUGCUACCUCACCAUUCCAAACAAAUACUUGCUUAAAGACAGACGUAAACCUGAAGAUGCAGUGAAACCGCCACUGUCGUUCCUUUUUGAGGAUAAGACACACUCAUCUUUCUCCUCCACUGUGAAAGACAAAGCCACAAGCGAACCCAUCAGGUUUACCAGGCGCUGCAUGAGUGUGGCCCCCUCCAGGGAGACAGCAGGGGAGCUGCUUCUAGGAAAGUCUGGAAUGUACUUUGUGGAGGACAAUGCUGCAGACGCUCAUGACGGCCAGAGCCUUCAUGGUGAGACAGAGGCACCCUCUUUUUCUUGGACCUAUGAGGAGAUCAAAGAGGUGCACAAGCGAUGGUGGCAGCUGAGAGACAACGCCGUGGAGAUAUUCCUCACCAACGGUCGAACGCUGCUCUUAGCCUUUGACAACAGCAAGUUCCGUGACGACGUGUACCACAACAUUCUUACAUCUGAUCUGCCCAACCUGCUGGAGCACGGCAACAUUACAGCACUCACGCAGCUAUGGGGCUCGGGGCAGAUCUCCAAUUUUGAGUAUCUCACACAUCUUAACAAGCACGCUGGCCGCUCCUUCAACGACCUCAUGCAGUACCCGGUGUUCCCCUUCAUCCUGCGAGAUUACACCAGUGAAACAUUGGAUCUGCAAGACCCUAAUAUCUACAGGAAUUUGAGCAAACCAAUUGCCGUCCAGUCAAAAGAGAAAGAAGAUCGCUAUGUGGAUAAUUUCAGAUAUUUGGAAGAGGAGUACAGGAAGGGAAUCCGGGAGGACGAUCCCAUGCCUCCCGUCCAGCCUUACCACUAUGGCUCUCAUUACUCCAACAGCGGCACUGUACUGCACUUCCUGGUCCGAAUGCCGCCUUUUACCAAGAUGUUUCUAGCCUACCAGGAUCAGAGCUUUGAUAUCCCGGACCGGACGUUUCACUCCAUGAACACCACGUGGCGUCUUUCGUCCUAUGAGUCCAUGACAGAUGUGAAGGAGCUCAUACCAGAGUUCUUCUAUCUCCCAGAAUUCUUGGUCAACAGAGAGGGUUUUGAUUUUGGGGUUCGUCAGAACAGCGAGAGGGUAAACCAUGUGAAUUUACCUCCGUGGGCACGGAACGAUCCGCGUCUCUUCAUCCUGAUUCACCGUCAGGCGCUGGAGUCAGACCAGGUUUCUCAAACGCUGUGUCAGUGGAUCGACUUGGUGUUUGGACUCAAGCAGAAAGGCAAAGCUGCGGUCCAGGCUAUCAACGUCUUCCACCCGGCUACCUAUUUUGGAAUGGACGUUUCGGCGGUAGAAGAUCCAGUUCAGCGACGAGCACUAGAAACCAUGAUCAAGACUUACGGACAGACUCCCAGGCAGCUUUUCAACGCAUCCCACAUCAGCAGGGCCGGUCCUAAGCUCAUGAUGGAGGGCGAGCUGCCGGCCGCCAUGGGUCUCCUGGUUCAGCUCGCUUUUAGAGAAACCAGAGAGCAGGCCAAGGAGAUCAUCUGUCCGAGCCCGUUGCCAUGGAUCAAAGGCCUGAAGUGGGGCGAGUACGUGGGGUCUCCCAGUUCCCCCGAUCCAGUGGUGUGCUUCAGCCAGCCUCACGGCGAGAGGUUUGGAUCCCUGCUGGCUCUGCCUACGCGGGCUAUCUGUGGAUUGUCGCGCAAGUUCUGCCUCCUGAUGAUUUACAGCAAGGAGCAGGGUGUCCGCAGCAUGCACAGUACAGAUAUCCAGUGGUCGGCCAUCUUGAGUUGGGGGUACGCAGAUAACAUACUCCGGCUGAAGAGCAAACAGAGCGAACCACCCAUCAACUUCAUUCAGUGCUCUCCGUUGCAUCAGGUGACCAGCUGUGCCUGGGUGCCCGAUGGCUGCCAGCUAUUUACGGGAAGCAAGUGUGGAGUCAUCACCGCCUACAGCAACCGCUUCACUAGCGCCACGUCGGACAUGGAGGUGGAAUCCCAGGUUUACCUGUACGGACAUACGGGUGAAGUUACCAGCCUAUUUGUGUGCAAACCUUAUAGCAUUCUCAUCAGCGUCAGUACCGACGGUACCUGCAUCCUCUGGGACCUUAACAGGCUCUGUUAUGUGCAAAGCCUCACGGGCCAUAAAAGCCCAGUGACGGCAGUUUCUGCGAGUGAGACCACAGGUGACAUUGCAACAGUUUGCGACUCAGUGGGCGGAGGUAGCGACCUGCGUCUGUGGACCGUGAACGGCGACCUGAUUGGCCACGUGCACUGCAGAGAGAUCAUUUGCUCCGUGGCUUUCUCCAAUCAGCCAGAGGGCGUGUCCGUCAACGUCAUUGCUGGCGGGCUGGAAAAUGGCGUUGUCAGACUGUGGAGCACAUGGGACUUGAAACCAGUGAGAGAGAUCACCUUUCCCAAGUCAUGCAAACCCAUCAUCAGCCUGACGUACUCGUGCGACGGACACCACCUGUACACGGCCAACAGCGAGGGCACCGUAAUGGCCUGGUGUCGGCGGGACCAGCAACGCAUGAAGCUGCCCAUGUUCUACUCGUUCUUAAGCAGCUACGCCGCAGGCUGAGUGUGUGUGCGUGCGCUGUUAUGAGCAUGUAAGACGUUACCUUGCAUGUGCAUCCUCACCUUAGCAAGAGAAGCUGCUCUUCUUCCCUCCUCCUCCCAUGGAGAGAAACUAAUGACAUUCUCUAUACCCUGCUUGACUUUUAAUUCAAGCCAUCCCCAGACAUAUUAUACACAUACAUACAAUAUAUGUAUGUGUGUGCGUAUAUAUGUAUGAGUAUAUAUAUCUGUAAUAUAUGUAUGUAUAUAUAUAAACUGUGUGUGUGUGUGCGCGCGCGAGUGUGCAUUUACACCCCCAUACACCCCAAAUCCAGUGAAAUUGGGGCCAUAUUUAAAAUGUAAAUAAAACAAUACAGUGAUUCUUGAAAUCCUUUUCGAUCCAUAUUCAUAUGACUACACUGCAAAGACACUGUAUUUCAUGUUCAAAGUGAUGAACUUCAUUAUUUUUUGUGCAGAUACUGACUCAUUUUGAAUAUGAUAAAUGCAAAAUGGGGGCGAGGGGGCGCAAACACAUUUUACAUCCAUUUUACAUCCAUUCAAAAGUGAGAUGAUUUGCGAGAUAACAAUAAAUUACAUCUGUUAUAAGUAGGACUGUCAAACGAUUAAAAUUUUUAAUCGAGUUAAUCACAGCUUAAAAAUAAUCGUAAUUAAUCGCAAUUAAAACCAUCUAUAAAAUAUGCCAUAUUUUUCUGUAAAUUGUUGUUGGAAUGGAAAGAUAAGACACAAGACGGAUAUAUACAUUCAACAUACUGUACAUAAGUACUGUAUUUGUUUAUUAUAACAAUAAAACAACAAGAUAGCAUUAACAUUAACAUUCUGUUAAAGCGAUCCAUGGAUAGAAAGACUUGUAGUUCUUAAAAGAUAAAUGUGCAAGUUAUAGAAAUGUUAUAUUAAAACCUUAAUGUUUUCGUUUUAAUAAAAUUUGUAAAAUUUUCAAUCAAAAAAUAAACUAGUAGCUCACCAUUGUUGAUGUCAAUAAUUAGACAAUGCUCAUGGGUGCUGAAACCCAUAAAAUCAGUUGCACCCAAGCGCCAGCAGAGGGCAAAAAAAACACCAAAAAACACAAGUAACAAGUGGACUGUGCUGUCAUUUUAAUCUGUUUGAGCGGGGCAUGUGCGUUAAUUGCGUCAAAUAUUUUAACGUGAUUAAUUUUUUAAAAAUUAAUUGCCGCCCGUUAACGCGAUAAUUUUGACAGCCCUAACUAUAAGCAUUCAUUAAUGCUCAUGACAGUGUCAUGUAGGGGUGUGACAAAAUAUCGAAAUGGUGAUAUAUCGUGAUACUUUGUAUCCCAAAAGGUUAUCGAUAUGCUCCUGCAAGAAUCGAGAUAUAAUUUUUAAAAACGUGUCAAUAAAAAAAAAGGAACCAACAAAUUGCUACCAAAAUCUUCCACCAUAAUAGUGGCUCAGUUAACUCUAACGCUGCCUUGACGGUGCUCGACACCCAAUCCAUUUAGAAACCAGAGCAUUCACAGUCAUUCUGUCAGAUUUUAAGGGCAUUUAUUGGUCACUUGCAGUUCAUUUUAGGGCAUUUCCAGGUCAUUUCCGGUUGAGUUUGGGUCACUGCCUAUUCAUUUGGGUGAUUCCCAGGUCACUUCCUGUUCUGUAGCACAAAAUGAACAGGAAGUGACCCAUAAAAUACCCCAAAAUCAGCAGGAAGUAACUUAAAUGAACAGGUAAAUGACCUAAAAUGGCCCAAAAUUACCUCAUUGCCUGGCAUUGGCUGCUACUGACGGCCAUAGACAUCCAAUCCGUUUGAAGUGGGAGGGAUGACAGCGAAUUCGUUCAUUCGCUGCCACCCUCCCAGUUCAAAUGGAUUGGAUGUCUACUAGUGAUAAACUCAUUCCAAUUCACAGCAUAAGCUUGUUUUUCUGUUUAUUAGUUGUUUUUAGAAUAUCCUAGAAUGAUUUCCUGACCAAUGUAUCGUCAGAUCAUCGUUAUCGUGAGCUUUGUAUCGCAAACCGUAUUGUAUCGUGAGGUACCAAGAGGUUCCCACUCCUAGUGUCAUGUCAUAAUUGUCUAAUGACAGUCUCAUGGUGCCACUGUCAAAGUGUUACCAAAUACGAUAACUAGCAAUUAAUGAAACAACUGGAACAUUAACUGAAGAAAUAAUUAGCACAAAACAUUCGAUUCGAUUGUUCUUUGCGUCUGUAGCGCUGCAAAGCAUGCUAGGAGGCAUGUUGGACGACAAGUUUUGACAGCAGGUGGCAGCAGAGGUUGACUGUUUCCAAUAAGGGAGCAGUGAUGGCCAAAUGAAGCUUCUUGAAGCAAUGAAGCAUUGCAACCAAUUGGUUCAAAGCUUCAUGGUGGUUCAUUUGGUUUUAUGACAGUCAUAUGAUGGCGCUGUCAAAUAAAGUGUUACCGGUUAAUAUCUUUUGAUGUAAGUAUUCCAUAAUACAGUGGGGACAUCUACGGCUUAUAGUCCAGCGCGGCUUAUCUAUGAACAAAUGCAGCUUUUGUGCCAAAUCGGAAGGGUGUGGCUUAUAGUCAGGUGUGCCUUAUAGUGCGAAAAUUACGGUAAUUUAAAUUCACAGCCGUAGGAUGAAAAGUGCCACAUGAUUGAACGUCUAGCACCUUCAAUGGCAGCCAAUAAGUUAGUCAUUUUUACUUGGGUUGCACAAAAUCGUUACCCAUGACAUGAGUAUUAACUAUGCUGCCUUUUGAACUUUAUGCUGAUAAUAAUCUGGACAGUCCUUUUCUUCUUUGGCCUGAAAAGCAUUACACCUAUGCUUAAAAAAAUAAAAUGUAGACUCAUCCGACCUGAGCACACUUUUCCAACAUGCAUUCAUAGUAAUGAACUAUGUGAGCUGGAAACUUGCCAAUUCUUUACUUGAGAUCAACUGAUAUGGGUUUUUCAGGACCGAUACCGAUUAUUAGUAGUUUGAUGGGCGAAUAGCCGCUUAAAGGCUUGCGUAGUUCAGUGGUAGUCGUUCCAAACCCAGAGGUUGUGGGUUCGAUUCUCUGCCCUGAUGAUGUUGUCUAGGUAUCCUUGAGUAAGAUACUAAAUCCCACGUUGUUCCUGGUGCUCCGUCACCAGUAGGUAGAUGAAGCUAUAGUGCACAGUGAUCCUUCGCUACUUCACUCUUCAAAUUUCUCGCACCCAAGUCCAUCGCGGAUUUUUUAAAAUGUAUUUUAAUUAAAAGAAAAAAAAAAGUACAGGUGAGCUGUCCCGAGCCUAUCACCUAGUCUUACUCAUGCUCCCUCCCUUCCGCCCUCUCCCUGCUCUUUGUUCAUUAGGCAGUGUACAUACACUGGAUUUGCUUGUUAAAGUUAACAAUUAUUGGCAGAUGUUUGUGUUUGAUCUUGCCAGAGCCACAAACUUCAAAAGCGCCGGAUUCGUCAAUCAUCGUUUAACUUGUGAAACAGUUGCUGUGGCAACUCAUUGUGUGUAAGUGGUCAGCUUGAGCGGAUUUUAGUAGACUCACUUAAUGAAGCAUUUAAUAAAGCCAAGCAUUUUUCUACUACUUUAUUCUUGUUUAAAAAUAAUUCGGUGGUACAGUAACAUGUUUAAAACAUUUAAAUGCUUAAAAAACAUUUAUUAAAAUAUAUAUAUGACGGAAAACACUCAGGUGACUUGAAGUUCCGCUCUGAGACUCCAAUUUGGCCAAAUUUCAAAAUUGUCCUAUAUGCAUGUGUGAAAAAUCAUUGGAAAGCUUCUCAAUUUUCUGGGGGGAAAUUUUGAACAGGAGGGCAUUUAAAAAAAAAAUUUUAUUUUUUUAUUUUUUUAAACAGCAAAAUCCUAACUGGGGGUGAGAGCAAGAGAGAGCAUAAUUAAAGACACCAUGAUUUGAACAAGAUAUUAUUGCGUACUUACCACUUUUUGAUCCAAAAACUCCAUGUAGCAUGCAUCACCAAGUUUCAAGACACAGCUGUGAAUGGCCACAACCAGAUUUAGGGGGGAUUUUAUGGGUAAAACAUGGUACUAUAACAAAGGUCGCAAUGCAAAAAUCGCAGACAUCAAGGAGUGGUCAAGGUUUUAUCUUUCAUACAUUUACCCUUUUAAACGUUUUUUUUUUUUUCUUUGUCUGGAUCGAUUAUCAUCUAAAAUAUUGGGGAAAAUGCGACAGUAACAAAAAAAAUACAAUUAAGCGAUAGUUAUGAGAUGGAUAUCCGUGACUUAUUUACAGACAGCAUUUUUUUCAUUAUGACAUAAUUUGCUUAAAAGUUGUCUAAUAAAAUAUAAAAAAUAUUGUAAAAUAUGCGAGUGAGUCCUUUUCGUAAAAAAUUAGACAUUUCAAAUAAGAAAUAUAAUUAUCUUUUUAUGGCUUGAUUGAAUAAAAAAAGCAGUUGCGCGAUGUGUGUAAACGGGGGUCUCCACGGUAAAACAAAUUAAAAAUAGUUCGUGGGCUUCAUGCGCCAUGAAUCUGCUAUUGCAGCAUAUAGACAUAUUGUUCUAUCAAACACAACAGUUCUUUUGGCUUGAAAUAAAGCAGUUUAUUUUAAAGAGGGGUGCAAGAGCAGAAACUGCUUUUUCAGCCUUGUCUGUGUUUUCCGCCAUAUAUAUAUAUAUAUAUAUAUAUAUAUAUAUAUAUAUAUAUAUUAGGGCUGUCAAACGAUUAAAAAAUUUUAAUUGAGUUAAUUACAGCUUAAAAAUUAAUCGUAAUUAAUCGCAAUUAAUUGCAAUUCAAACCAUCUAUAAAAUAUGCCAUAUUUUUCUGUAAAUUAUAUAUAUAUUCUGUAAAAUAAUUUGUUGGAAUGGAAAAUAAGACACAAGAUGGAUAUAUACAUUCAACAUACGGUACAUAAGGACUGUAGUGGGCAUUUCACUCUACUGUCAUUUAAAUCUGUCUAUGCUGUCCUCACUCCGAAGCGUCUACUUUUUCCAAAGCUAGACAGCUAGUGAACGACGCCUUAAUAAUCAGACUUCUUCCUUUUUCAUCUGAUAUAUUAAUAAAAUGGCCUCAAGCCACUGUCCUCUUUAGUCCGUAGUGAAACUAUAAAAAAAAAAGUACACAAGCAUUGCAUUAGCAACAACGUUAGCUUAGCACGCUAUACAGGUUCACUAAACAUAAACAAAAAGCGUCUCACACAAAAAAUAUAAUAUUUCGCUUACUAACAUAAUAUGUACAUUCUUUACAAGAACCAUACUUACGGACAAAUCUUGUCCAAGGAUCACAUAAGCACAACAUUAGAACGUAGGCGUCAGCCCGAGACGUCGUGCAGCCAUAUUGAACUGGCAAGAAAGCAAUAAACCAUGUCGCAAAGCGACCACAAGAGUUCGCUGUUAGACAGCACAAAAAACCUUGCUGUAAAACUUACCAAAAGGCAGAAUACUGUCUGAGCGGGACAUGUGCGUUAAUUGCGUCAAAUAUUUUAACGUGAUUAAUUUAAAAAAUCAAUUACCACGCGUUAACGCAAUAAUUUUGACAGCCCUAAUAUAUAUAUAUAUAUAUAUAAUAAAUAUUUUUAAUUAUACUUUGGGGAAAAAAGUGGAAAAAAACAUGUCUUAUAUGUAUCUCUUUCUAAUGCUAAACCUUGAAUGAAUACAUUGAAGACACACAUUUUUUUUUUCUGGGGGGGUGCUCUACUUCACGGAUUUUCACUUAUCACGGCGGUUUCUGGUCCCCAUUAACUGCAAAAAACGAGGGAUCACUGUAAAACGCUUUGAAGGCCUCAAAAAGGUCGUAAGGCGCAAUACAGGUGUAACUACAUUUACCCUUUUAACCAGUCAGAGGAUGGGGUGAAUACUAGUGCAGGAGAGAGAGGCGCGGCUGCAUCUGAGCCUAAAUAACCUAGUUUUAAAUAUAUUUUUUUCAUAUUGGCCAGUCGAAUUUAAAAUCGAUAUCGAUAUACGUCAAAUUUCCAAAUAUCGGCACCGAUAAUCGCUUUAUCUCUAUCCUUUAGACAAUACUAGUUUUUAAGUUCACCUGAGGGAUCAAAAGUCAUGGGCAGUCAGUGCGAUUUCUCUCGAUUUUGCUGAUGUGUAUAGCAGAUAAUGAAAUAUGUUGAAGUAUGUUGAUGAACUUCUGUUUAAACCAUUUGUUCUUUUGUUCACACAGUUGUUCACGAAGUGCAGAACCUCGUACCAUACUAUCUUGUGACCACCUUUUAUACAUAAUCAUCAUCAUAAUCACUUGUUUCCAAAUAACUUAUUUACAUUUGGAAUGCUUAUUUGUAAGCUUUCCUCAACUCCCCUAGUUUUUUUGUUUGACCCUCGCCCAGCAUCACAUUGAUUGAAAAUGAUAGAAUACUCAUUAACAUUCAUCAGUUUGAAUAUAAAAUACCCUUUGUGAAGCAAUUGAGAGGUUGAAAAGGAUAUGCAAAUCAUUGUGUUCUGUUUUUAUCUACAUUUUAAAUCAUAUCCCAACUUCAUUAGAUUUCAGGUUUCUGAAAGGAAUGUUGGGGCGAUGAAUGAUUUAGUCUUGACUGCAAUAGACACUUUAUUUUUCCUAUCAUCUGUUCCUACCCCCUGUUUACGCUGCUAGCUUGGCUAAAAACCCAAUCGUUCCCUUCCAGGCUUUCGGCUCUUGAGUAAGAACAGGCCAAUGUGCUACCUACUGCAUGCCACAAUGGCGCUUGAUUGUCUCUUUGAAACUUUUGUUGUUGAAUGUUAAUAUCCCAUUUAUUUAUUGGAAAUUGUCUGCCGGUUGACGCACUACAUGCAACCCAUCACAACGCAGUUGAAUCGCGUCUCCUGAAUCUGAACCUUGUCGUCUCCCUGCUGUCUGCUCUCCUAACAGGCGAUGAAAAAGCUCCCACCUUUCAUGCAGCUCUUCUUUUACAUUCCCUCACUACUUCGCUGCACUUUUACUUCAUCCAUUAGCCCAGUCACGGCUUGCCUAGCCUCCGUUUUACAUCGUUUCAAGCCACCCGUCUGUGAUCAGAAAGUGUCAUCUGCAGAAAGCAAUAUUAUAUUACAUACAAUAGGUCCUCAUUUUUAUUCUUUUUGCCUUUCGAGCCUGCUGCGGCGAUGUCUUACAUUUCACUCUUGUUUACAAGAAAGGGAAUAUUUGUUUGUGAAAGAGAAUCCUAAAUGUUUCCUCCUCGUACGUGCAGCAGCAAUACUGCAUGGGACCAUCCUUUUGUUUACUUCCUUCUUACUUUUACAUUUGUUUUCCCAAGUGAGACAUUUGACAAGAAUCCUGCUUUCUAGCAGGAAGGAUGAUGUGAUGUUGCUUCUUUUUUUUUUUUUUUUUGGUGUGCGUUCAAACGGACAAAAGUAUUUUUCUCUUGAAAAACUUGAGCUAUGCAUAUAGAAAAUUGCUUGGAUGUGUUGGAUUUAAUUGACCUCAAUGGCCUGAUUGUUCAGUUUGGACUGAGUUUGAAAGGUCAUGUUUUGUUUGUAUAUGUGCGUGCGUGAACAAACCAAGUGAGUAUAUUCUAAAUAUGUAUGUAUAUAAAUAAAUAUAUGAA